AUGAGUAACAGUCCCACCAAUGAUGGGAUGCUGCUGAAGCAUGCAUGUUUGAAUUUCUUAAUGAUGAUAAAAGAGCAAAUUUUCAUCAGGCGCAGCUGGCCCUCCUUCCGAGCCCUGCACCUGCACCGCUACGUGGUGGCCCGCGUCAUCUGGGCGGACAUGCUCUCCAUCGCCGUGACCUACUUCAUCACGCUGUGCCUGUUCCCGGGUCUCGAGUUCGAGAUCCGCCACUGCAUCUUGGGCGAGUGGCUGCCCAUCCUCCUAAUGGCCGUGUUCAACCUCUCCGACUUCGUGGGCAAGAUCCUGGCGGCGCUGCCCAUGGACUGGCGGGGCACCCACCUGCUGGCCUGCUCCUGCCUCCGCGUGGUCUUCAUCCCCCUCUUCAUCCUGUGCGUCUACCCCAGCGGCACACCUGCCCUCCGCCACCCGGCCUGGCCCUGCGUCCUCUCCCUCCUCAUGGGCAUCAGCAAUGGCUACUUCGGCAGCGUGGCCAUGAUCCUGGCGGCGGGCAAAGUGGGCCCCAAGCAGCGGGAGCUGGCGGGGAACACCAUGACCGUGUCCUACAUGACGGGGCUGACCCUGGGCUCGGCCGUGGCCUACUGCACCUACAGCCUCACGUGGGACGCCUACCGGAGCUGCCUGCGCCCCUCGGCCACCAACGCCUCUUUCCCCUCCGGCCUCUGA